AUGCCACUGAGAACAUCCUUGCACAGAAAGCCAACAUCUGGCCGUUGGUCAAGCAGACACUCGAAGCGCAGAGAAAUUCUCUCCGUCAACAUGAUCAGUCUACCACUGGCUGAUUUCCGCCAUAUCUCCCAUAUUGGAAAUAACGCCCAAACGGACAGCUUUGGAGACCUUUCUUUCCUAAAAAUGGGCCACAAUUUGCUUAUGCAAAGCUCCCAAAGUGAGCAAAAUCUCUUCUUGGCCUGCUCUCCACCACCAAAGCCCCCUCGUCUAAAUGUGGAAGCAGAGGGUUCAGACAGCUCAGACUGGCCUGACAUGCACCAGGAAAAUGUCAGCCAGAAAAGACAGAAAUGCAGCUCUAUGCCACUGCUGGACAGCAAGGAAUGCGAGACAGAAUUAGCGGACGGGCAUGAAAGAGGAAACAACAUUGCAACCAAUCAGUUUUCUAACACUGAAUGGGGUGACCAGACUGCAGACUGGAUUGCAGACUCUGCGGUGGUUGGUGACAAAAUUGAAGGGCAACAGGGAGAGGAGGACAAUGGCUUUUCUUUUAGCCUUGACCUGGGUCCUUCCAUUUUGGAUGAUGUUCUGCAGGUGAUGGACAAACUUCAACAUUGA